AAAUUUUUUGUUUUCUGCUGAAAGUAUUUUGUUCAAUUAAAAUAAUAAUUAAAAUAAACUGCAAGUGACACAGUACUUAACAAAAACAAUUGAAUAAAAGUCUUCCACAGAACACAUAAGAUAAAGUAUUAAAAAAUUAACACUACAUUUUAGCGGUAAUUUUUGAGGUUAUGUUUAUACAACAAAGCUUUUGAAUAAUUUUGUAUCAAAAGUAAAUUGUUGCUCAACAAAAAUCAUGGAUAUGGAAGAGGAUGAUGCUAUGGAAAUCGAAGAUAAUUUACCUGCCGCGCCCAUAAUCGAACGUAAGUCGGACGACUUUUCGUUUACGAUAAAUAGUUCAUCUACACCAGAGACACCGAACGAAAACCUAAUCUUGGUUGAGCCAACAAGCGAGGCCAUCAAAAUUGUUGACAAUGACAAUGAAGACAAUACAAAAGCAGAUGAAGUAAACCCCACCAGCCAAAACAAAGAUCCUGACGUCGUCGUAUUAGAUGAUGACGACGACGAACCGAUGAAAGAUAUUUCCACUACUAAUGAAACAGGGGAGCCUCCAGUGAAAGAAAUAAUAGACCUUGUGGAUAAACCGCACAGUAUCCGAUGUUUGAAUUCUGCGUGUAACGGCGCAAGUUCGGAUUUCUUCCCGGCCCCAGACUUUUGCUUGUCGUACUACCGUGUGAAAAGGUCCAAGAAUCGCAGAGAAGAGAUCUGCGAGGACUGCUAUUCCAAAUCCGUCCAGGAUUUCGAUAAGCUUAGCACGACUCUCAAGGAAGGCGAAUUGAUACUAGGUGUAGAUUAUCCUAUUAUAAAUGAGACCUUACAAAUCGAGGACAGCGAUGACGAGGAUAAUGACGGGGAGGAUUUGGCCGACUAUAUCAGUAAAGAAAAUUUCGAUUUUAUCUGUCAGAAUAUCGACGACGUUUUGCAGGAAACUUUGGUGCAGUUGAAGGUAGAAAGCCAGUUUGAAAAAGAGACGGAGUAUUUAAAAAAGGAGUGCCUGAAAGUGGAGGAGGAUUAUACCGACUUGACCCAUAAAGUUAAAGAAAUAAGGCAAGUGCUGGACGGAAUCCAACUGAAUUUGUACAACCAGUUCCGGCCCGAUUUUCGAUCGUUAAAAGGUCUGUCAAUCACCGAUGACCACACGCAGUCUCCGAACACGAUCAUUAAAGUUGACGCGAUUCCAGAGAGUCCAAGAAAGAGCGCCCGCAUCCACAAACCUGUCUCCUACGUCGAAUUAGACGAUCCCGGCAACUCCAACAGCCCCAAAGUCCCGACGCCUAACGAGAAAUCUCCCGAAUCCGAACCGCCCAAGGACCUACCCCCGAUUUCCCCGAUCGAACGGCUGCCGCCUAAAGUCGGGGAGAUCUACUACAUCGUGCGAGAGAAUUCGCAAGGUUCCUGGAUACGUGCGCGUCUCCAAGCUAUCAUACCCGCCGGUUCCACCUACAACGGUCAGGCUUACGACACGACGCACUACAGGCUGAUCGAGCUCAAGCAACAGAAGGAACGACUGCUAACGGGCAAGAAUAUGGCCUACAUGACUUUCAGCAAGGUGCGGCUGCCGGUCGGCACGAGAGUGAUUUCCGUUUUUAAAGAACUGGGCGAGGCUAAAAAGCCGAGGCACGACCCGUUCUAUCCCGGUAUCGUGGCAGAGCAACCUGUCGAGGGGAACAGGUACCGGUACUUAAUAUUUUUCGACAUCGGCUAUUCCCAGUACGUCAGUUUCAGCAGCGUACACUUGGUGAUGGAGGUGAGCACGAACGUCUGGGAGGACGUUCUGGUUGACUCCAGGGGCUUUAUCAAGAAGUACCUCGAGUGUCAAGAUAGACCGAUGGUGAAGAUGUAUAAGGACCAGACGUUGAGGGUCGAAUAUAACGGAAAAUGGUGGCUUUGUACGGUACAGAGCGUCGACUGCUCGCUGGUGCAGGUACUAUUCGACAGUUUCAACCGCACCGAGUGGAUAUACAGGGGAUCCACGCGACUCAGCCCGAUGUUCAGGGAAGAGCUGGCGGCGACCAACAGGCACACCGGCGUGAGGACGUCCCGGAAAGUUGGACCGAACGAGUCGGCCACCGUCGUCCAAUACACCCGCAACAACGAUUUCGUCCUGGCCUCUCAGGAGAGCAAUUCCGUGAGGGCGGUGGCCAGGAAGAGCACGACUAAGCCUCAGAGUAACGUGCCCGCUCCCAACAUCGUGCCGUUCCUGCCGCAGGUGAAUAACACGCCGUCGAAUAUUACGGGACCCACGAGCAAGAUCAUGUACUUCACGCCGCGCGACCAGGUCAUCACCAAGCGCGUCUACCGGCCGCACAACUGCUCGCCGAAGUGCAAGGACUACCUCACCCACAACUUCGGGAAGCUGCGCGGCCACAAUCCGCUCUCCAAGCCGCUGCUGUGCGGCUGGGCGAGGAUGACGUUGAAGGCGAAGGGCAGGAAGGAGAUAAUCUACAAGGCGCCGUGCGGCAGGCUGCUGCGCAACAUCGCCGAGGUCCACUACUACCUCCGCCUGACCAACAGCGAGAUGACCGUCGACCUGUUCGACUUCAACCACAUGGUGAGGUGCCUGGCCGAGUUCAGCGUCGAGUGCAAUCCGGACCCCAAGGAUCUGUCGAGAGGUCUCGAGCAGGUCCCCAUCCCGGUUAUAAACGGCAUCAACAACGAGAUGUUGGACUUCUGCAACUACUCCAUCAAGAGGGUGCCCAUGGAGGGCGUCCACAUGAAUCUCGAUACGGAGUUCCUGUGCGGGUGCGACUGCGAUGACGACUGCAUCGACAAGACGAAGUGCGCCUGCUGGAAACUAACCCUAGAGGGCGCCAAAUACGUGGGGAAGGACGUCGAUCCCAACUCGGUGGGCUACAUAUACAGGAGGCUGCCGGAGCAGGUCAUAACCGGGAUCUACGAGUGCAAUUCGAGGUGCAAGUGUAGCUCGACUUGCUUGAACAGGGUCGUGCAGAAUCCGAUGAGCCUGAAGCUGCAGGUGUUCAAGACGCACAACCGCGGUUGGGGCAUAAGGUGUCUCAACGACGUCCCCCAGGGCAGUUUCAUCUGCAUAUACGCGGGGACCAUCCACACGGAGCAGAUGGCCAACGAGGACGGUAUGGCUUACGGCGACGAAUACUUCGCCGAGUUGGACUACAUUGAAACCGUGGAGAAGUUCAAGGAAGACUACGAGGCGGAGGCCCUGGAGGACGAGGAGUACAGGGAGAAAAGUCCGCCUCCCGAGGAGGAAGAGGAGGACGAACAGCCCCAGAGGCCCGUCAGCAACACCAAGAAGAGGUACAGCUACGCCGAGGACAACGAUUUCAUGCCCAGCCAGCCCGUUCCGUUGUCGAACAAAUCCGGCGAUCUCAGUAUCAGGACCAGGUUACGAAAGCGCAACGAAGAAGACAUAAAGUCCCCGUCCACUCCAACGGACAACAAAAUGGAUAUGGAAGUAAAAAUCAAAAAGGAACCGGACGUCAGGUCGGUCGAGGCCCUGACGGAAGAAAUCGAGACCGUCACCAUCAGCGACGAAGAGGACGAGGGCCGCGAAGUGCUGAGUUUCAACCCGAAAGCAAACACAGGACUCGACGAAAAAGGCCCCACUUAUAUUUCCGUCAGGGAGCUGUUCGGAGAGGACGAGUGCGUGUACGUUAUGGACGCCAAGAACGCGGGCAACAUCGGACGGUUCUUGAACCACUCUUGUUCUCCGAACGUCUUCGUCCAGAACGUGUUUGUGGACACCCACGAUCCCCGUUUCCCUUGGGUGUCGUUCUUCUCGUCUCAGUUUAUCCGUGCGGGCACGGAACUUACCUGGAACUACAACUAUGACAUCGGCAGCGUGCCCGGCAGGGUGUUGUACUGUCACUGCGCCUCUUUGGAGUGCAAGGGAAGGUUGUUGUAAGCGUGGCGUUGUGCGUUAACGUUUUUAUGUCGGUGUUUAUUUCCGGUUUUCCGUCAAGGUUUUCAAAUAGUUAUAUAAGAAAAAUUAAAUAAAAAAAACUAUUAGAAA